GGAGUUAUCCAGCCAAACGUGAACCAGACGUCGUUCGGAACUCCUGCGUGGGAUUAUCCCUCAUUCUCCCCUACCACACCACAACCCCGGGCCAAAUUGCCAUACAAAUUAUAUCUGAGGAGCGACCUCCGCGAAAACCCUGUCCAUCUUUGAUUUUCCAAAACACCAACGCCAAGUCCCACCCUCGUACCGCCCUUCCCAAUCUGGCCCAUCCCCGGCAGAAAAAUACAAAAAGAUACCUCGGCGAUAAUAUCAAGCACAUAACCAACGGACAACGAGUCAACAGCACACCAACAACUAUAAAAUCAGUAUACCCCAAGGUCUGACUGAGCCUUUGAUCCCUGCACAGUGAGAUAUAUUAAAUCUAGUUUUAAUACCUCAAUAUUCAAUAGAUUCUGCAAGGGAUUGAGAACAGCAACACUAGGUUUCUAUUGAAUUUAAGAAUUAACUCUAUAUUGAUAUAAUCAUUGACAAAGUCUUCUAUUUUAAGAUAUAAAUAACCAGUUCCUCUACAUCCUGCUGGCAAUAUUUAUAUUAUCAUAUAGAAAUAGACUUAUAUUCUCUAUAAUAUCAAGACCCUGAAGAGGGAAAGUCUUGGUAGAGAGUAUACAGUAGUGCAUAUCUUAGCAGUUUCUAUCUCAUUCUUCUGCAGCAGUUAAUGCAAAAAAAAAGAUCUUAGAAAUAGUUUUUUACUUCUCUUGAAAAAGUAAGGUGUUUUUCUCUGGGUUUUACACAAUAUUCUUACAAAGAAUUAAAAACAGAGUUGUUUUCUGUCAUAAUUUCAUAUUCUUUUAAGUAAGAAUUACUUUUUCAGUGACUGAAGAGCUUUCAUUAAUACUUAAUUCUUUUUUACACUC